UCAGUUUGGAUCGUCUGUUCGGACAUCGGAUCACCGUGUACUGAAGAUAAUGUAUUGUGGCCUUAACAAUAACGGUUAAAAGCGGUCGUGUGGCCAAAACGAGAAUACUUGUUGUCGACUGUUGCGUGAAAUCGACCGAGCUAACCUGGGCGAGAUUUUCGCGCGGUUGCGACUAGUCGCUCAAGUCGUUCAGAUAAAAGGACUCGUGUUCCUAGUAAUUUGGUUCGCGAUUGCCUACACCUUGUUAUUGUUUUUCUAGCAAUGGAGGAACUUGACAAGGAACAGCUUACCAUCCUGAAAAAAGCCUUCGAGGCUUUCGACCACGAAAAGAAGGGAUGUAUCGGUACUGUGAUGGUUGGUACUAUCCUAGGCAUGCUAGGACACCAAGUCACAGACGACACCCUCAAAGAAAUUAUCGAUGAAGUUGACGUAGACGGGUCUGGAGAGUUAGAGUUUGAGGAAUUCGUAACCUUAGCAUCCAGGUUCAUGGUUGAAGAAGAUGCAGAGGCGAUGCAGGCAGAACUUAAAGAGGCAUUCCGUUUAUAUGAUAAAGAGGGUAACGGGUAUAUCACGACACAAGUUCUUAGGGAAAUCUUGAGAGAAUUAGAUGACAAAAUCAGUGCCGAAGAAUUAGACAUGAUGAUUGAGGAAAUUGAUUCUGACGGCUCCGGAACAGUUGACUUCGAUGAAUUCAUGGAGGUGAUGACUGGAGGAGACGAUUAAAUGAAAAAUAUAUAACUUAAUUUUCCUAGUACAUGUCUUCUGAACAUCUAGUCGCUUUGCUAGUCACCAUUGAAUCACCUUUGAAAGUAUUAAAAUCAAAUAAAAUAACAUAACGGUGCGAACUCAAAUGACUGUGGGCGCAGAACUUCCAAACAAGCACUAAUUUUUAUUUCAUGAAGAAUAUAUUUCUAAAAUUAGGAUCCCAAAUGGGAUAAAAUCUCAUUAUUUAUUACGAGUAAAUUUAUCUUAGGUUAUAAUUAAAUAGAAAUGUAUAAGGUAGCUCGAUAUAUAGUCACACAAAUAUUUUUUUCUUUAUUUUUGUCUUUUAAAACAAAGACGAAUUUUGUUUAAGGCACUCAAAAUCUACGACAGAUUGCUUUUAUAUAAAAGUAUUAUAACAGUAUAAAUUACUUAAAAUAGAUAUUGAAUUACUGUUAUUUAUUGUCAGUUACCUCAUUUUUUUAUGGAAAUAAAAAUACACUGAAAUCGGA